AUGGAAAAUUCAAAAUUUAAAUGUAAUACACGAGAAAAUCGAUCAAAACGUAAAAUAAAUCAUUUACAUAAAAAAUCAACUAUUACCGAUUGUCUAUCACCAUCAAAGUUGACAGAUGAUGAGACUUCAAAAUCAACAAUAAUUACAAUUAGUUCAAUAAAUAAACCAAAUGAAGUUUGUCUAGUUGAAGGCAUUCGAAGUCUUCUAUCACGUGAAGUUUACAAUAUUCAUGAACAUGUUGCACAAACAUCACAAUCCGUAGGAAAUAUACCACAUGGAACAGAACUUAAAUUUUCUGAUCAAGAAUUUCCACCAACACCAGAGAGUAUAGCAAGAGGAGAUGAAGGAACAACAUUUUUAGGUAUGACAAUAGUUCUACUUUAUUGUAAUAUUGUUAUGUUUUUUAUCUCGUAUGAUAGGCUUCGUCCUGAACGUAUUCGAUGGUCAGUUGAAGAUAAAACUCAUCCAUUAGCCGUAUUCAAUCAACCUCAUCCUAAAGAUAUUAUUCAAGGAAGAUUAGGAAAUUGUUGGUUAAUAGCCGCACUUUCUCUUAUUGCCGAAGUUCCUCAGAUAUUGUACAAAGUAAUGAUAACAAAACAAUAUAAUUCUCAGGGAAUGUAUCGUGUUCGAUUGUGUAAUCAGGGUAUUUGGCAAGUGGUUACCAUUGAUGAUUGGUUACCCGUAUCACAAUCAAAUUCUCUUGUAUUCUCACGUAGUAGAAAAAAACAAUUAUAUGCACCACUCAUUGAGAAAGCAUUGGCAAAAAUGCAUGGAAGUUAUAUGACAUUAAAAUCGGGAAGAUGUGAUGAAGGAUUACAAACAUUAACUGGAGAACCGUGUGAAGUUCUCUUUCUUCGUUCAUCUGAUCCGGAAAAAAAGCCUGAUUUAAAUCAAAUAUGGGCAACGAUUUUGGAAUCUCGAACCAAAGGUUAUCUGAUGACAUGUCCAUGUUCAAAUAAACGAUUUUCUGAACAUAUAUUUAAUCGAAUGGGUUUGGAAUCUGAUCAUGCUUAUAGUAUUCUCGAUGCAAGACAGGUAAAUAGUCAACGUCUUGUAAGAUUAAGAAAUCCAUGGGGUGAGAAAGAAUGGAAAGGACCUUGGAAUGAUAAUUGGACAAGAUGGCCAAAAACAUUAAAACAAAAGUUAAUCACAUCAUCAUCUAAUGACGGCGUGUUUUGGAUGCCUUGGGAACAAAUGCCAUCAUUUUUUAGUAGUGUAACGAUAUGUAAAGUGAAUGCUAAUUGGCAUGAGGCUCGUAAACGUGGUCAAUUUAGUGAUUUUUCAUCAACGGUAACAUCGGUAUAUGGUUUAGAUGUACCAUAUGGAGCCGAAUUAGAAAUAGAAGUAUUUAAUGCUGGUGAUGGAAAUUAUUAUAAUCGUUUAAAAGAUCCAGAUGUUGAUUUAUUUUUAAUAUUACUCAAUUCAAAAGGAUAUUGUAAAGGUUAUAAACAUGAUGUUGAUUAUUAUAUAACUUUAUCGGCACAAGUUCCACCAGGAAGAUAUAUUAUAAUAGCUGGAAGUAUGUCUGUUGUUAAUUAUCUUGUAUAUCCCGCAUUUAAUUUGGUUGUACAUGGAAGUCAACCAUUUAUUGUACACGAUCAACCAUCAACCUAUGAAAUUAUAGCUGAUGCAUUUCAAGCUGUAGCAUUAAAAACAAAUAAUCGACAAGAUAUGGGUGGUGGAGUAUCAAUUUUAACAUUUGAUGAUAAUGGAAAUUUUGGUCUUGUCUGUGAGAAUAAGUCAACACGAACUGUUCGUUUGAGUAGUAAUUUUCAAGGAUCAAAAAAUGUUUUAUCAUCUCGUCAUGCAUUUCAAAUGACAGAUACAAUUCCACCUAGAACACAACAAGUGAUUGCCAUAUUUACAAGAAAAAUGUUUAGUAACGACGUUCAAAUAGCUUAUCAGGCUUCGGGAGAAUUGCUUGAUCCUGAACAAUAUUCUCGUCCAAGAAAUUCUCCAUCAAUACCUGCUCAAGCACUGGGUUUACAUGUUUUGAGACCAGUAUAUUGA